AUGGCUCCAGAAUCAAGACGGCGAAACAGCCAGGCUACCUCAGCUGAAAUAUCAGUCGUUGCUCAUUUGAAGAACUGCCUAGUCAACCUGCCCUCUUCGUUAUGCUCGUUGUUGAUCAACUCCAAUACUGUCGCACAAAAUAUCAUUAUAGAACUAAACUACCGCGCACCCUCACAACCUGGCGCAAAACAAACUAAUGGAGCGCCCAAAGAACGAGCUGUAUUUGUGGGAUGGACGGGCAUGCAGAGCAAGCGUAAGCUUGCGCCUAUUGUCAGUAGAGAUGGAAUUGCAGGUACCAGAGGGAAUACUGGCCGGGAACAGGAGGUUCCUCUGGUGGAAAUAGACGCGACCUUUGCGCGGACACUGGGCAUAGUAGAUGGGCAGAAAGUUACGGCAACAAUACACAUGGAUCCCCCCUUAGCCCAUACGGUCGAAAUUGAGCCCUUGACGCCUGAGGACUGGGAGAUAAUAGAACUCCAUGCGACAUUUCUGGAGCUCAAUAUGAUGCAUCAGAUACGCGCUCUGCCAAAUCCGAAUUAUAUCCCGCCAAAUGGGUCUGCUCCUGGUCCACAUCCGCUCAGCCUCCACCUCUCCCCAACUUCUGCCGCCAAUGUGGCAGUGCUUACACUUACCCCCCCUCCGCCAUCGAAUUCGCCGUUUGCUAAAUUAGGCCCUAAUGCCGAAGUCCUUGUUGCGCCCAAAACACGGUCCCAGCCGCCCCGGUCAUCGGCCGAGAACCGCAGUGUUACAUCGAAGAGAAGUACGGGUGCAAGAAGUAGUGCAAGUACACUGCGGCGGAGGAGUGGUCUUGACGAUACCAGACCAUCCAUGUUUUUCCGAGGGGUCGAUCGAAGUCUUUUCAAAGAAUUCUUCGAAGAGACGAACGACGCGGAAGACCAGGGACUGAAAGUCUGGGUUGACCGAGAUGUAUUGCUUUCCAAGGCAUUGAAAGGUAUUACAUGGGUUUGUGUCACAGUGGUCAAGCCGGCAAGCCUCCAGAUUCCAGUCGACCCUCAGCGUCAACAACAAGAGAACGAAAAUAUGCAGGCUAUUGGCAAGAUAACAUCGAAAAAGGUCGCAAAAUUGAUGGCAUGGGAUGACCCACCGGAUAGUCAACAUGUUGCAUUGUCAAGGGCGUUGUGUGCAGCUAUGUCCUGUGAAGGUCUAGUAGGUGGUGUCGUGAAGCUGGAAGCUGCCCCUCCACAGAUUGAGAAAAACGCUGGCAGGAGAUCCGAAGAUCCUUCCCAACCGGCUCCCAAAGCUACCGCCCACAUACUCAAGGUCUUUCCUUUCAUAAUUGGCAGUGCUAAAGCUAUUGAAGGCCUCAAAUUCGGUGGUGAUACCAAGGCAGAACGAGACGAGGCGGCACAGCGCAUUUUGAAAAUGUACAGCAAAACUUCAGCUGGUGAUGGCCUUCUAGAUGGGCCUUUGACAGACGGAUCUAUUAUUAGUACACCUCCAACACCGAUUUCCGGAUGGGAAGGCGGAGUACUGAGGUUUGACCACAGCUCUCCAGAAUCGGACAAACAGCCAUGCCAUUGGUUCCUGGGUUCGGAACGUAAAAUCGCCAUUCAAGUGCAGCCCCCAAUACCGAAACCGUUUUCUAUCUCUAAAGAAAACGCUAUUGGUGAUCCUCUCGCUUCGAAACCUCCUGUGCUUGUUGGGAUAGAUAAACUCAUCGAGCAACUACGGUCACAUCUCUCCCACUUGUCGUCAGUCUUGCUUACAGGGGCACUUGGGUCCGGCAAAAGCUCUGUAGCACAGCUCCUUGCUCAUCGGCUAAGAUCCGAGAUGUUAUUCCACACCACAUACUUCUCCUGCCGACAACUCCUGAACCACGAGACCCAAAUUUCUACGAUCAAGGAAACCUUUGCUAGAAUAUUUAUGGAUGCUUCCUGGGGCGCUAGACUUGGCGGGAAAUCCCUUGUCAUAUUGGAUGAUUUAGAUAAGUUGUGCCCCGUUGAGACUGAGCUUGUCGUUGGAGAUGACAACGGUCGCAGCCGUCAAAUCAGUGAAAGCAUUUGCAGCUUAGUCCGGCAAUAUUGUGGUCGAGACAGUGGCGUAGUCCUUCUGGCUACAUCACAAGCCAAAGAGUCGCUACAUAACGUGAUCGUGGGUGGGCAUGUAGUUAGGGAGAUCGUGGGGUUGAAAGCUCCAAACAAGGAGGGUAGGAGGAAAGUAAUGGAAAUGGUUGUCAGACAAAACGCCACUGACGUGGAUUCGAACGAGAUGAAAUCUACUUCAGGAAGUCGCCCAGUAACUGCCAAUGGCAGUGCUAGCGGUGACGAAGGGGCGUGGAUGGACGGUUCAAGCGUGGGUAGUCAAAAGGGGUCAUCUAGCAGAGCAGACGGAUUUAUCAUCUCCUCCGACCUCGACUUUCUCGAUCUUGCCGGUGAGACAGACGGGUAUAUGCCAGGUGAUAUCGUUCUCCUCGUUGCUCGCGCUCGAAGCGAGGCAUUGAUUCGAUCUGUUUCGAAAGAUGCUGAUUCCGUGUCCAUCAGUCUCACUCGUGGGGACUUCAAUACUGCGCUCAAAGGCUUCACACCGGCCUCACUACGCAAUGUAACAUUGCAGACCAGUACUACAACUUUUGACUCUAUUGGUGGCUUACAUGCGACUCGAAAGAUUCUCCUCGAAACUUUACAAUACCCUACCACAUACGCUCCUAUAUUCGCUCAGUGUCCACUCCGACUGCGGUCGGGUCUACUGCUCUACGGUUAUCCAGGAUGUGGCAAGACGCUCUUGGCUUCGGCUGUAGCAGGCGAAUGUGGUCUCAACUUCAUCUCAGUCAAAGGUCCCGAAAUCCUCAACAAAUACAUUGGUGCAUCAGAGAAGUCUAUUCGAGAUCUCUUCGAACGAGCCGAGGCUGCCCGGCCAUGUGUUCUGUUCUUCGAUGAAUUCGACUCAAUCGCACCAAAGAGAGGUCACGAUUCUACCGGCGUUACCGAUCGUGUAGUCAAUCAAUUGCUCACCCAAAUGGACGGUGCCGAAGGAUUGUCCGGAGUCUACGUUCUAGCUGCAACUUCGCGACCGGAUCUCAUCGAUCCAGCUUUGCUCCGACCCGGAAGAUUAGACAAAAGCCUAAUCUGCGACCUCCCUUCCAGAGAAGACAGAAUCGACAUCCUCCAAGCCCUCGGCAGAAAGCUCACCCUCAGCCCCGAAGUCCUUUCCGCCCUCCCCUCAAUCGCCUCCCGCACAGAAGGUUACAGCGGCGCCGACCUCCAAGCCUUAAUCUACAAUGCACAUCUCGAAGCUAUUCACGACGUUCUUGGGGACCAAGACCACAGCACUUCAUCACUAGGAGCAAAAGGCACAAACGGUAUAGCUUCCUCUACAACGAAUCGCAGUUUCGUACAAUUCCGCUACGGCGAAGAAGAAGAGCGCGCUGAAGCAGAAGCACGUUCCCGAGGUGGACAUAACAAAAGCAAGAUCCUUGCGGAACGCGCCGCUAUUGCUGCAAAGCUUUCGGAAAUCAAAGCAGCGAAAAAGAGGGCGAAGAGGGGGCAUGUUGAGGAAAAGGGGGAGAGCGAAGAGAAGGAACAGAAGGAGGUUAUUAUUGGGGCGAGGCAUGUGGAGAGUAGUUUGCGCAGUACGAGGGCGAGUAUUAGCGCCCAGGAACGAAGCCGGUUGGAGGCUAUUUACAGAGAGUUUGUGGUAGGACGGAGUGGGGAAAUGAGGGAUGGGGAGGGUGCCAGGGAGGUUGGGGGUAGGACGAGUUUGAUGUGA